CUCGGUACAGUAGUAUGAUUAAAGAACUGGGAUAAGCUCCAACUCGUGCGACUCCACAUAUGAAAAAUCUGGUGGAGGCCUACGAGAGGGGACAUCAGCCCCGCGGAGGCGUAUUUCGUGGAAAAAGCAAGCGACGCACCCUGCGCGCGCGAUGCUCGCCGUCGCCGGCUACGGGAUCCUCCCCGUGCUCACUCUCCUGCUCGUACUGCCGUCAGCUCGUCCGGUAGAGGACAGCAUCUGCGACACCAGCAGCAGGUUGGCACCCAGCAGCUCUUUUCCGGCGAACCGGGACCUGCUCGCGGCGGCGCUCCCCGCCAACGCCUCCUCCACGCCAACCGGCUUCGCUACUCUUUCCGCCGGCACGGCGAGUCCGGCCUACGCGAUGGCGCUCUGCCGCGGGGACGCCAACGCCUCGUCCUGCGCCGCCUGCGUGGCGAUAGCGUUUCAUGUCGCCGUCGAGAACUGCCCCAACAUGACGGGCGCCACCAUGUACGAGGACAACUGCGUGCUCCGCUUCGCCAACCGCCAGUUCUUGGACUUCCUCAACGCCCAACAGUGGCAGGUCGACGAGAUUAGCUCCCUAACUAGAACGGCUGACGACAUCGUUCCGGCAGUCGCGGUUGCCAGGUUCAGCGCCGCGGCCACAGCCAUCCUCGCCGCUGUGUCUAGCCGCGCACUGGCAGCUGAUUCCAGCAACUCGACCGCCAAGAAGUACUUCGCCACGGGCGAGGUUGCCUUCGACCCCAGGAUCUACGCGCUCGCACAGUGUGUGCCGCUCUUGACGCCGGCGCAGUGCAGCGGUUGCUUCGGUCAGCUCCUUAAGCAGAUAAAAGUGAAGCUGAGCAAGUCCAAACCCAUAUGGGUUGCAUCACGUGCGCAGUGGUGCGACCUGAGGUAUAGCGUUCCGCCACUCUACCAGGGCCAGGCCAUGCUGCAGCUUCAGGCGCCACCUCCUACCAGUCCAGAGACCCCCGGAGCAGCAGAGACGAAGAAAAAGACAAAUGCAGCGGGGAUAUCUGUGGGCAUUGUCUGCUCCCUUGUAUUGAUAUCGAUUCUCUCGGUUCUUGUGUUCAUUCGCUCCAGGACAAGGACUAAGACAACCGAGCACGACAACCCAUUCAAGAAAAUUUCGAGUGCGCAGUGCGUCAUCUUUGAUUUGCCUGCGCUACAAGAGGCAACUGAAAACUUCUCGCAGAGGAAUAAACUCGGAGAAGGUGGUUUCGGCGCAGUGUACAAGGGGACACUCCCAGAUGGGCAGGACAUAGCAGUAAAGAAACUUCUGGGAACAGCUGGGCAUGGUUUGCACCAGCUGCACAAUGAGGUGCUGCUGUUGGCACAACUUCAGCACAAGAACCUUGUUCGCUUACAUGGUUUUUACUCGAGUCGGGAUGACACACUUCUUGUUUAUGAAUACAUCAAGAACGGGAGCCUUGACAACUUUCUAUCAGAUACUAGAGAGGGGCACAUACUAAAUUGGGAGCAACAGUACAACAUCAUUCUUGGUAUUGCCAAGGGAAUAUUGUAUCUUCACGAGGACUCGAGCAUGAGGAUUAUCCACCGGGAUCUGAAGCCUAACAACAUUCUUCUUGAUGAUGACAUGGAACCCAAAAUUGCUGACUUUGGGUUGGCAAGGCUGCUAGGAGAAGGUCACACACAUACCAUGACAUCUGGAGUUGCUGGAACACCAGGUUAUAUGGCUCCGGAGUACGUUUAUCAACAACGUGUGUCACCCAAGAUUGAUAUUUUCAGCUACGGUGUAUUGGUCCUGCAAAUUGUUACUAGGAGAAGGGAGUGCUGGUCUGAUGACAUCAACAAUGUGAAUCUCCUCACCGAAGUGUGGAAUCACUGGAGAAAAGGAUCAAUCAUAGAAAUGAUGGACCAUACACUCGACGAACAUACUCAAAACCACCAGCUGCGAUAUCUACAUAUCGGGUUGAUGUGUGUCCAAGCGGACCCUGGCGACAGGCCUGAGAUAUCCACUGUCAUUUUCAUGUUAACUAGGGACAACAUGGAGCUUCAGCCACCUGAGGAACCUGCAUUCUUCUUUGGGAGCUUGAAGGACCUGCAUUCUUUGCCCAGAGCUACAGCUAAUUCUAAUUUCAUGUUAGAAGAGGACAUUUCUUUGAAUGGGGUUACAAUUACAGAUCCAUAUCCUAGAUAAAUCAAGUGUAACGCUGUGUUUCGAGAGUACUGAAGGCAUGAGUCAUUUCAUUUA